GCGGCCGCGGUGCAUUGUGGGCAGCCCGUUGUUCAUUUGCCACCCGACCCGAUCCGGGGCCUGUCGGGACGGAAGCGCCGCCGCCGCCGAGCGAUCGAGCGGGAUCCAUUGUGGGCAGCCCCGCGCCCGCCGCGAUCCAGGCCGGACCCGGGGGAGCGGGGAGCGAGCGGCCGGACUUCGCUUCUCUCGGCCGCCGCCCCCGCACGGCAGCCGGGCGCCUCCUUCCCCCGCCCCGUUCCCGCGGCGGACGGAGCGCUCGGCCGGGCGGGGGGCGCGGGGCGCGCCCGCCAUGUUCGCGGAGAUAAACCGGCGGACGCUCGCGUUCCGCGGCGGCGGCGGCCUCGUCACCUCCGCGGCGGCCGCCUCGGCGGCGGGGGCCGAGGCCUGGGAGCGGCAGGACCCCGAGGCGCUGAACGGGCGCGGGGCGGACGAGGAGGCGGAGCUGGAGGGGCUGGAGGCCGAGGAGCUGGAGGCCACCGCCGCCGAGGAGAAGGAGCUGCUGCUGCCCCAGGACGCGGCGUCGCCCCCCGCCGCCGCCGGCCCCAUGUUCGCCGAGAGGAACCGCCGGACUCUGGCCUUCCGCGGCGGCGGGGGGCUUCUGGCCGCCCACCCCGCCGCCAACAAUGGCUGCGAGGCCGCGGCCUGGCCGCGGAAGCACUUCAAUGGGCGGGGGGCGGACGAGGAGAUGGAGCUGGAGGGCGCGGAGGGACUGGAGACGGAGGGGCUGCUGGAGGGCAAGGAGCUGGUCCAGGACGGGGGUUCGCUGAGUGACAGCAGCGACGACGAGGAGGACGGCGAAGGGGGCAGCCUGGGCGACGGCAGCGGCGCCGAGGGCGGCAGCUGCAGCAGCAGCCGGCGGUCGGGGGGCGACGGCGGGGACGAGGCGGAGGGCAGCGGCGAGGGGGAGAGCAUCCGGCACUUCCCGCUGGCCAGGCCCAAGUCCCUGCUGCAGAAGCUGCACAUCUCCUUCCAGGGCUCCUGGCUCAAGGAGUUCCCGUGGCUCUACUACUGCCAGGAGACCGGCCUCAUGUCGUGCGCCUGGUGCACCGCGGCCGUCGCCGCGGCCGCGCCCCCCGAGGUGAUCAUGUCCGGCGCGCCCCUGCCCGGGGGCCACGACGAGCUCUGCAAGGGCACCCGCAACUACAAGCGCGCCCUGCUCCUGCGGCACCACCUCUCCGCCGAGCAUCGCCUCAACGAGCCCGGCAGCGCCGAGCAGGAGGCAGAGUUACCAUCAGAACUGAAUAAUGAAGGAUACUGUGAUUUUAACAGCAGGCCAAAUGAGAACUCUUACUGCUAUCAGCUCCUGCAAGAGCUCAACGAGCAGAGGAAGAAAGGCAUUCUUUGUGAUGUUAAUAUUGUGGUGAGUGGGAGGGUCUUCAGAGCUCACAAGAACAUCCUGGUUGCAGGCAGCCGCUUCUUUAAGACUCUGUAUUGCUUUACAAACAAAGAAAGCCGUAACCAAACCACUGUUACCUAUUUAGACGUUGUUGCUGUUCAAGGUUUUUCUGUCAUCUUGGACUUCUUGUAUUCUGGUAACCUCGUGCUCACGAGCCAAAACGCCAUUGAAGUGAUGUCAGUGGCCAGCUACCUUCAGAUGACGGAGGUUGUCCAGUCCUGCCGCAACUUCAUUAAAGAUGCCUUAAACAUAAGUAUAAAAUCGGAAGCUCCAGAGACUGUUGUAGUGGAUUACAACAGAAGAGCUGUUAGUAGGGAUGGUUUAUCUCCAAGGGAUCAAAAAGUUGCCAGCUUCUGGGCAACACGAAACCUUACCAACUUGGCAAGUAGCAUAAAAACUGAGAAUGAUCCGUACCCCAUUGAUGAGGGCCAAAUGGAAAGCUACCAAAUGAAUGACUGCAGUUGGGUCCAGGACAGCUCACCUGAAAUGGCUGAAAAUGAAUCUCAAGGUGAGGGAAAAGUUUUCGUGUGGAAUGACAUGGGUGCACAGGGACAAUCAGUUCCAGAACCUGGAAAAGCAAGAAGGAAAAACCAAACUGCAAAGAGAUUUAUUUAUAAUAUACCACCUAAUACUGAAGAGAAUUCUGAAGAUUGCUCAGUGUUGCAACCGUCAGUCCCAUAUCCAGAAGAAGAUUUGUCCUUUAUUAAAGAAGAAGCAGCUACUUCAAGUGACUUCAAGUACGGACUGUUGCCGGGCACUUCAAAUGACUUCAAGUACGGAUUGCUGCCGGGUACUUCAAGUGACUUCAAGUAUGGGCUGCUACCGGGUACUUCAAGUGAUUUCAAGUAUGGAUUGCUGCCAGAAUCUUGGCCAAAAGAAGCUUGGGAAAAUGGUGAUUCCUCUGCUUUAAUCAUGAACAAGCUGAAGUGUCCACACUGUAAUUAUGUAGCCAAAUACAGAAGAACACUAAAGAGACACUUGCUCAUUCACACAGGCGUGAGAUCUUUCAGCUGUGACAUCUGUGGGAAGCUGUUUACACGAAGAGAGCAUGUAAAGAGACAUUCCUUGGUACAUAAAAAGGAUAAAAAGUAUAAGUGUAUGGUGUGUAAGAAGAUUUUCAUGCUAGCAGCCAGCGUUGGAAUAAGACAUGGAUCACGGCGUUACGGAGUUUGUGUAGACUGUGCAGAUAAAUCCCAGCCUGGAGGGCAAGAGGGAGCAGACCAGGGGCAGGACACAGAUUUCCCUAGGGAUGAAGAAUACGAAGAAAAUGAAGUGGGAGAAGGCGACGAGGAGCUUGGUGAUGAUGUAGAAGAACAGAAUGACCAAUCUCGGUGGGAUGAAGGCGGGGAAGUUUGUAUGCCUUUAGAUGACUGACAGAGCAUGAGACUUCAGGGUGCUGCAAAUGGACACUGUAUGGAUUGACUGUUUGAAUUUUUGGACUGAAGGCUUGCAAAAUAUGGUACAGGCUGGAUGGUAGUUAUGUUGCUGUGAAAAUGUAGGGUCAAAGCCUUAUAGCAAAAAAAGGAUUAUUAAUUUUUUUAUGAUAUUUGCACAGGACUGUACAGCAUACAACCGUUUGGUUGAAUUAUACAGAGUCCUCACAUCUACAGUCAGUUAUCAAAAUAAAAAUGUAUUUUUUAUUAUUUAUAGGCUAUAGCUACUUGGGUCCUAUUCAGACAUAGUAGUAACUGUAAUUAUGUUACACAUUCAUGUACCUGUUUACAUGAAUGAAGAAAAUUGCAAUUUGGUAUGGAAACACAAAGACAGCUUUCCCAAAUCCACUCGUACUUUUGUCAGCGAAUCAGUGAAGCUAAUUUGGGCUAGUGGCUCAUUUUCCACAAGCAUGUCUUUGCCAUACAAACCUUACCUCUCCUGUAAUCUGAUAGGUGAAAGCCAAUCAUUUAAAUAUGUGUCACAGAUAUUGCCAACACCGUAUUGAAAUUUGGGUUGAAAACUUUUGGCUCUAUGCUGGCAGGUGCUAUGGGUGAUAAGCACUGGAGAA